AUGGUAUUAUCCAGCGGAGCGCUCGUCGGACAACGGAGGAAUCAUCGACGCCAUCAGCUCACGUAUCAGGGGUCGACCCUUUUAACGCCUGAAGAGCUGCACAAGCGGAAGAUGAGGACUCUCAAGCUCCAGCUCGACUGCGUUCCGCCAAGGAACACUACUCAGUCAGAUAUCCGAAAAUAUAGAGCUGUUUGGGGCGUUGCUUUCGACUCUGACCACCGUUCAGAGUCAGAUAUCCGAAAAUAUAGAGCUGUUUGGGGCGUUGCUUUCGACUCUGACCACCGUCCAGUUCUUCUCAGCUUCAAGAUACGGUUCCACAAGAGAAACAGAGAGUCGACGUGGCAGCCGCGGAAGAAGUUUGCCUUUGCAUCUGCGGAAACAAAAUUCACGUACAAUUCUGUAUGUGCCGCGCGCAGUGCUGGUGACUUCAACCAGGAAAAGCGUCUUAGAAGGAAGUUGCGUCGUCAACUGCAGCAAGACCGCGAUAACGAGUGGAUGUCAAGAGCGAUGGAGUUUGGGAAGGCGUGGGAGGACAGGAACCCGCGGAAAACCUAUGCUCUACUAAAACAGUAUAGCGGUCAAAUGAAAAGAUGUUCUCCAGUCCUCAACACUGCCAAUGGAGUAGCUGUCGGUGAAACAACCCUUCCAAUUUGGAGGAAACACCUCAAGGCCUUGCUGAACCGGCUAGAACCGUCAGCUCCUGAACUUGAGCACAUUCAUAGACCGACAUAUGCGGUUAACGAGGAACCAUCGACCGAGUCGGGGGUUCUAGUCUGUACUCAAAAAUUGAAUAAUGGAAAAUCUGGUGGAGACGAUGGGAUUAGCGCAGAAAUGCUAAAAUAUCUUCCUCCGUCUGGGAUUCGUGAAAUGAUAAAUAUCAUCCGUUCAAUAUGGAUAGACGAAGGGAUAACUGACUCGUGGAGACACACUAUCAUAAUUCCCGUUCACAAGAAGUUAUCCGUCACGGACCCUAGGGAUUAUCGAGGAAUCUCUUUGCUGUGUGUUAUGUACAAGGAAUUGGAGCGCAUUAUCCUGAAUCGACUUAUCAAAUAUCGCGAAGAAGCAACGCGCGACGAGCAAGCUGGCUUUCGCCCUGGCCGACAGGGCCAACAGAACUCAUCGAUGAGUUCUGUUACCUGGACUGUUCGCUAA